AUGGCUCGUCGCACCAACCGAUCGGUUCCCCAAGGAAGAAACGACAUGACUGAAGCAAUCCAAGCCAUGAAUGCAAUGGCCGCAACAAUGGCCCAACAAGCUGCGAUCCAAACUCAACAAGAUGCACAUAGGGACCAGAGGGAUGAAGCAGCCAAUGCAACAAGAGCAUUGAAUGAAUUUCGUCGACAAGAUCCGCCUAAAUUCAAAGGGGAACAUGACCCCGACAAGGCUGAUCUUUGGCUGCAAGAAAUCGAGAAGAUCUUCGAGAUCCUACACUGCCCUGACAAUGCGAAAGUAGAGUAUGCAACCUAUUUGAUGAUUGGUGAAGUUGAAUACUGUUGGCGAGGUGCGAAGAAAAUGAUGGAGACAAAUCAUGAAGAGCUAACAUGGGAGGCUUUCAAGAAUAAGUUCCUAGAAAAAUACUUCCCAAAAAGUGCUAGGGCUGAGAAGGAGGCCCAAUUUCUGAAGUUGUAUCAAGGGAAUCUCAUGACAGCGGAAUAUGCGACAAAGUUCGAGUCCCUAGCAAAGUACUUCCUCUAUUUCCUAAAUCAGAUAGAUGAAGAAUACAUGUGCGAGAGGUUUGAAAGCGAGCUUAGGUAUGAGAUUAAGGAGUUAGUGGGGCCCUUGGAGAUACGCCAAUAUCAAGUGCUAGUGGAGAAAUGCAAGAAAGUGGAGCAGAUGAAACAUAGCUGCCUGAAUAGGGGUGCUGUAGGUGGACCCAUCAGACCUCAGCAUCAACAACACAAGCCAUAUGCCCGACCACUAGGGAAUGCUAGAGAUCAACCUCGACCUCAAAACGGGGAAAUUCAAAGGCAAAAAGUUCCACGUCAGAACCAGACGUACCCUGUUAAGUGUUUUCGCUGCAACAAAGAAGGACACAAGAUAUCUGAGUGUCCAAUCAGACCAAUGGUUUGUUACAUUUGUCAGAAACCAGACCAUUUUGCAAAUGAAUGCCCUGAACGGAAGGACGAUAGAGCUGUCAACCGCAACAAUAUCAAUGACAAUGUUGUACGCCCUACUGCCAAGGGACGUGUCUACCACAUCAAUGGAGAGGAAACUCCAUCUUCCUCUGAACUUAUCCAAGCUGAGUGUUUAAUUGCUGGAAAAUCACUUAAUGCAAUUUAUGAUUCGGAGGCAACGCACUCAUUCAUUUCAUUGGAUUGGGUGGAUUCACUCCAACUUAUUGUUACUACUUUGUCGUUUGAUUUGGUGGUUACCCUACCUUCUACCGAAUAA